ACAUUUCAGGGUAAGAAUAGGAAACGUGCUGAGAAGAUGAAUCCCAAGACUGAUUUGGAAACGAACUUUGCUGAGUGUGUUUUAAAUGUAGGAAAAGUCAUCCUUGGGGAGAAGCAAAGGAAUGAAAUGGACCCUCACCUGCAGAAAGAACAGUAUCUAAGCAUCCUGCAUGCAAUUUGUGCUCUGCUGAAUUCUGGUGGAGGAGUGAUCAAGAUUGAGAUUGCGAAUGAAGACUACGAUUAUAGGAGCCAUGGAGUAGGAUUGAAAUGGCGUUCAAUGUUCAAUGGCUAUUUAGAUGAGAUGCAACAGGAAGAACAAAACCUCUUUUUCAUUUUUGUGAAAUCGUGGAAUGCAAAGGCCUCUGGGGUACGGCUUGCUACUUUGUCCUCCAAUUUGUACCAGAGACAUAAAACGUCUACUAAGGAGAUGACGUCUGAGGAAGCACUGGCAUUCCUCAAAGGGGAGACUCGGCCUCUUAGCAAUACUCAUGCUUCCAGUUUAAGCCCCCAGAAUAUUCAGGAUUGUGUACAAAGCGAAGAUGACAUAAAGGCCUCCGCUGAUGCGUUAUUUGCUAGAAAUGACCUCCAGUACUUGGAAGAGCUCAGUUUUACUCAGUCCACUCAUGUUGAAUUUAAAAUGUUCUCAGAAGAGGAACUGCAACACUUUGAGAAGAAUCUCUCCAGAUGUGUGUCUGCAUUUGCAAACACCGAAGGGGGGUACAUAUUUUUGGGGGUGAAUGAAAAGACCCGUCAAGUUGUUGGAUAUGAAAAAAAGAAAACAGAUCUCACCACCAUCAGGAACUCCAUUGGUCGCUGUAUUAGGAAGCUACCUGUCCAUCAUUUCUGUACCCAGAGGUGUGAGAUAAAAUAUGCCAUCAAAUUCCUUGAAGUAAAAAAUCAGCGGGCCCUCCGUGGAUAUGUCUAUGCAGUCAAGGUGGAGCCAUUCUGCUGCGCCGUGUUUGCCAAAGAGCCUAGUGCCUGGCAGGUGAAGGACAACCGGGUGGUACGGCUGGCCACCAAGGAAUGGGCAACUCGGAUGAUAGAAGCCGACCCAGAUCUUUCCAGACUUUCUGACAUGGUCCUUCAGCUGAGUGUGUCAGCUGCCACACCCCAAAGCAGCAGUGUGUGCACUCAUAAGAAUUUGGAAUGUCUGGAAGAACUGCAAAAACGCCACUUUCCAGGUAAUUCAUCAUCAGUGGUUGCUUUGGAACAGGUUGGUUGUGCAUCCAUAUGGAAAAAAAUUAGAAUUGGACUCUCGUUUUAUGCUAUAGAAAAAAAUCAAUUCCAGAAGAUUUAG